AUGCUGCCUUUGCCCCGGAGGAGGUCCCUGCCGCUGCUGCUGGGCGCCUGGGUGCUGUGGGCGCAGCACGGCCUCGCCCUGCGGGUCUUCAGCGGUCAGAAGGUAUGCUACGGUGAUUCAACACAUCCAUGUUACAAGAUAGCUUAUUUCCACGAUGUGUCCAGACGUGUGGGUUUCCAAGAGGCCCGCCAUGCCUGUGAAAUUGAUGGUGGCGUACUCCUAAGCCUACAAAGUGAAACAGAACAGACACUAAUAGAAAAUAUGUUGCAGAACCUAACAAAGUCAGGCUAUGGAAUUUCUGAUGGUGACUUCUGGAUUGGCCUGUGGAGGAGCGGAGAGGGCCAAGCGACAUCAAAUGCUUGCCCAGAUCUUUACAAAUGGGCAGAUGGAAGCACUUCACUUUUCAGAAAUUGGUAUACAGAUGAACCUUCCUGUGGGAGUGAAGCAUGUGUUGUGAUGUAUCAUCAGCCAACUGCUAAUCCUGGUUUAGGAGGGCCUUAUCUUUACCAAUGGAAUGAUGACAGAUGCAACAUGAAGCACAAUUUUAUCUGCAAGUAUGCUCCAGAUGACAUCCUUGAAAAAGAAUUAGGAGAUAGAGCAGAUCCAGAUUAUGAAGUCCAAACAACAGUGCCAGCAGGGAGGCCUCAUGAUUCAAGCAACCCAGAAGAUAAUUUUCCUGUGGUCGUUACUGAAACUGGUUUAAUUCCCAAUCUAAUUUAUGUUGUUAUACCAACUAUACCACUGCUCUUGUUGAUAUUAGUGGCUUUUGGGACUUGCUGUUUCCAGAUGCUGCAUAAAAGUAAAGGAAGAACAAAAACUAGUCCGGACCAGUCUACACUAUGGAUUUCAAAGAACCCAAGGAAAGAUAAUAGCAUGGAGGUAUAAAGAUAUGACUGAAAAGAAAGGAGGAAUAACAUUUUUUUUACAUGCAGGGUCUCUUAUAUUGUCAUGUCAGAUAUUUGCUUGGAAUGGCUUGAAAUUGCAAAGGAUCAGCAACAUGAACUGGAAGCUCCCCCUUGAG